UUUCGGUCUGACGUUAGAGUAAAGCGUUUAAUGAGUUAUAGUAUCCGAAAGUCAAUCGAUAUUUGAGUGCCUUUUUCUGUGCCAUAGCUUUUCGCUGCAGAGAGAAGUCGAGAGAGAAGUCGAGAGAGAAAAUACAUGAAUGACUGAAGCGUUUGGUCCGCACAACGAGACACACACUUAUCUCUCAUUCAUUGUCGCUCUCACUCUCCUGGGAGUCGGUGUCCGUCCGCAUCCAUGAGUGGUAACUCUCUGUCGGAUAUCAUGGAUGUGUUGAGCCAUAUAAUGAAGGGAUCGGUGGAUCUGUUGGGUCGCCGCCAGACGCACAUCACCGACUUGGAUGAGCACAGCUUUCAUCACAUCCUUCAGUAUCUGUCGCUGUUUGACGUGUUUUUGUGCCGAAAAGUCAAUAAAUACUUCUUGAGGCAAAUCGACGCAUACCUCGAGAACUGUCGCCAAAUGACAUAUAACUGCAAACUAAACGGCGACCACUUCUUCAACGGCGAGCAUGUGUUCAACGGUCGGGCCUUUGAUUCAGUGGUCGCGCGGAUGCCUAACAUACGGGUCAUGCGAUUCAAACGGUGUCCCAAAAUGCGCUCAUCGUUGGCCACAACCAACUAUAACAUAGUGUCUUCGCUGACGAACCACUUGAUUAUGUUGAAUGAACUUCAUUUGACACGAUGUCGAUCGCUGGACACGAAGUCCCUGAAACUGUUGGUCGAGUGGUUCCCGAAUUUGACUCAUUUGACUCUUUCCGUAUACAACGAGACGUCCGUCGAGAUCAUAGCCAAGGGUUUCGCGAAUCUUAAGUAUUUUAGUUUAGAGGACAGUGUCCUCGAAGACUAUGGCAAUCAUUUGCAACACUUGGGCCUUAAGAUACACACAUUCGUGGCGGCCGUCGAUCACAACAAUCACAAGAAUUCAUUAAUCACUGGUCUAUUGAAUGGAAAUGGUCGAUACUUACGAGCGUUAGACAUGAGAAUCAAAGUCUUCGACAGUGAUUACACGCUAUUCAACACAAUGGGCACCGAAUUCAACGAUUUGUUGUCCUUAAAGCUGGUGUUUCAGAGCAAACGUACCGUCGAUGACAAUCAGAUGCUGUCGGGAUUGUCUGGUCUCUCAUCGCUAACACAUUUACAUUUAGAAGAGAACAGAAUUUACAGUAAUUUUCAAUCAGUUUUUGAAGACAACUCAAUGCUCUCUAUAAUGAGAAACUGUCGCCAAUUGGAGAGCCUAUCGCUAAUCAGUGGUGGAAAACACGCACAGACCUCGAGUGAUGAUAACAACACCGCCACUAACUUCAGGUCAUUAACUGAUGCCUCGCUAUCAAUGAUAGACCAGUUGUUGCCAAACAUCAGACACUUAUCGCUGAAGAGCAUUGAUAUCACAGACCGGACGUUGAGUUCAAUCGAAAGGCUGUAUAAACUAAAGUCAUUGCGUUUGGAUUCGUUGGCCGGCCUUACCUUCGAUGGCUUACAAGAAUUUAUGACAAACGCAACACAAAUCAAUCGCUUGGAAGUGAUUAACUGUCUUAACCACAAGUAAUUGCAAAAUACGUUAC